UUUUUUUGAUGAAUAUGGAAGUGAGAUUUGGGGAUGAAUCUCGGACGAAAAAGGAAUAGAAAGUGGGCGAAAGAGUCGCAGUGUGUACUUGGGAAGACGGAAGGCGGCAGACGGGUGGCAUCAAACUUUCCGUCUUUAAAUGCCGUGGAGGCGCCGACACGAAACAAAGAGAAGGAUCGCCGCCUGUAAACCCUUCUCAUCCUCUCCUCGCUGAGGUCUCAGGCACUCACCGCGUCGCAGCGGGUGCUGGGUUCUGGGUUUGGUGAACGAGAAAUCCUCUGGGUUGAGGUAGUUUUGUUUGUUGGGAUACCUACAGGAAAGCAAAGAAUGGAGGGCAAGAAACCCACCGCUUCUUCUCCUUCUUCGUCUUCUUCUUCAAGAAUUGCCGACGAUCUUUUCGGCCGGAAGGAGGCGGCGGCUUCCUCUGUUUCCUCCUCAUCCUCGUCCUCUGGCUAUUUCAACAGCGUUUUCCCUCCUGUCUCAUCGAUCAUGGGAAAGGAUUCGGCACAUUCCGACUUGUACUGGACGUUGGACAAGCAGAAAACUGAGGGUCAGAUAGGGAAUUCUCAGAGCUCACGAGCAGUUACAUCUCCAGAUGAUAAAUGUCAAGGUGGCCCAAGCAAAAGCCAUACCACAACUAACAAAGAUGGGAAAUCAGCCUAUUCCUUUGAAUCAGCAGAAUCGUCCUAUUUUGGCUCUUCCAUUCAUUAUGGUGGCAGAGAAAUUUAUACCAGCUCUCCAUCCAUGUGGACUUCUGGAGCUCCUAAUAAUUAUAAAAACAAUGAUGACGAUGAUUUAGGUGAUUCAAAUGUUGCUACUAGAGGUGAUUGGUGGCAAGGUUCACUUUACUAUUGAGGAUAUUGUCUGGACCAGCAUGCUCUCCAUUUAGGUACUUCAGGGAGCUGUCGGAGAUGGCUGCUAUAUGGUACUCCAACUAGUGGUGAAACUUGUAUUUGGUUUGUCACCAGAAGCAUCAGCUUUGACGAACCAAGCAAUCAGUUUUUACUUUUUUUCUGUUCAUAUCUUAGGGUGGAAAGUUGCAAAGACUGUUCAUACUUGGUGAAACAGCAGACGUGAAACUUGGAUAGGUUUUCUUGUUUUAAACUUUAUGUGCUUGUCGGUAAGCUAUACUAGGCCUUCAACCCUCCAACUUCAAUUGUAACGAGGAUGAAUGGUCACUAAUUAUGUAUGUUUUUAAUAUAUAAAUAUAUAAUAUUAAGUUGGUUCUAUAA